AUGAUGGAAACCGAACUGAAGCCUCCCGCCCCCCAGCAGACAGCGGGGGGAGGCGCGGGGGGCAACAGUAAUUCCGGGGCCAACAACCAGAAGAACAGCCCGGAUCGGGUCAAGAGACCCAUGAACGCCUUCAUGGUGUGGUCCCGGGGCCAGCGGCGGAAGAUGGCGCAGGAGAACCCCAAGAUGCACAACUCGGAGAUCAGCAAGCGCCUCGGGGCCGAGUGGAAACUUCUCUCCGAGGCGGAGAAGAGACCUUUCAUCGACGAAGCCAAGCGGCUGCGCGCCUUGCACAUGAAGGAACACCCGGAUUAUAAAUACCGACCCCGGAGGAAAACCAAGACGCUGAUGAAGAAGGAUAAGUACACUUUGCCGGGCGGGUUGCUGGCGCCGGGCUCCAACUCCAUGGGCGCGGGGGUCGGCGUGGGGGCCACGCUGGGCGCUGCCGGAGUCAACCAGCGGAUGGACAGCUACGCGCACAUGAACGGCUGGACCAACGGCGGCUACGGGAUGAUGCAGGAGCAGUUGGGCUACCCGCAGCACCCGGGCCUGAACGCGCACAACGCCGCGGCCGCCGCCGCCGCCGCGCAAAUGCAGCCCAUGCACCGCUACGACGUGAGCGCCUUGCAGUACAACUCCAUGGCGGGCUCUCAGACUUACAUGAACGGCUCGCCCACCUACAGCAGCAUGUCCUAUUCGCAGCAGGGGACCCCGGGGAUGAGCCUGGGCUCCAUGGGAUCCGUGGUCAAGACGGAGUCCAGCUCCAGUCCCCCCGUGGUCACGUCUUCUUCCCAUUCCAGGGCUCCGUGCCAAACCGGAGACCUCCGGGACAUGAUCAGCAUGUACCUGCCCGGGCCUGAAGUGGCGGAGCCGGCCGCCUCCAGCAGACUGCACAUGUCGCAGCAUUACCAGAACGCACCUGUGCCCGGCACGGCCAUAAACGGCACGCUCCCGCUCUCCCAUAUGUAA